AUGGGGACCCUGGGCUGUGACCUCCAGACAAGGUCGGCUACGGUGCCCCUGGCCCAACGGGUGGCCGAGGGCCACAUUCCAGAGACAGGGCUGAGGAAGUCCUGUGGGAUGGCUGCUCUGGAAAACGGCUCUGGCCCAGGCUUGUACGUUCUCCCCUCCACCGUGGGCUACGUCAACCACGACUGCACCAAGGCAGCGGGGCCCGCCUACUCGCUCGCAAGGAGGCCCAGCGAAGCACCUCUGCAGGACGCCAGCCCUGGGCCUGUCUAUUUCCUGGAUCCAAAAGUCACCCGCUUUGGCCGCAUCUGCCCCCCUGCCUACUCUAUGCAGGGCCGGGGUAAGACUCGGGGUCUGGAGGUGACACCGGGCCCUGGGGCCUACAGCCCUGAGAAGGCACCCCCUGUGCGCCAGCGGAACCCCCCAGCCUUCACCCUGGGACCCCGCCUGCCACCCAAGGCCCUGGACACCUCAGCUCCUGCCCCCAAUGCCUAUACCAUGCCACCGCUCUGGGGCUCUCAGGUCUUCACCAAGCGCAGCAGCCCCAGCUACAGCGUGGUGGGCCGCACACCCCCCGCCCGGCCCCCACAGGAUCCUGCCGAGAUGCCAGGCCCCGGCCAGUACGACAGCCCGGACCCCAAUAACUACAGGCAGCGCCGGCCUGCCUUUACCAUCCUGGGCCGGCCCAGGGCCCCGCGGCCCCUGGAGGAGACUCCUGGCCCUGGUACACACAGUCCUGAGCAGGUCACCGUGAACCGGGUCAGGGCCCCGGCGUACACCAUGGGCAUCCGCCACUCCAAGCGGGCGUCUACCAUGGCUGCUGCCACCAUACCUUGA